AUGUCAACACACGCAAAAACUCCUACAUUGCCGUGUCCCUUCCACAAAGAUGAUCAGCUCAAUGGUGAUCUCGAUGCAUCGCUUGAUCAUUUGCCAGGUCAUCCCCGGAUCAAAACCAACGAUCAUAAGGGCUUGAUUGCUUUCAUUCGCCAGGAAGUCUGGUCAGAGGACCUCGAAUCAAUAUCAGGCAAACUCUGGUGGAUGUCGAAGCUGGAUAGCAGCAACAUCUCGCCGUUGCAUCGACAGCGAGUGAAGGGCCGACAGAUUAUCGUUAGCGAGGAUCCUCGGCUACAUCUUGUCUGGAUUGACGACCGGAUAUUUCUUAAACCCCUUCCUAAGUACAUAACAUCCUACGCAUUCUGGAAUACGUUCAUGAGCGAUCCGUCCGAGUAUGGUGCGGCCGCGAAGCUCAGAAAGGCCGCGCUCGGGUAUCUGCGAACGUAUUUCUAUCUGAUCCAGCAUGAAUCAGAUCUACAAAUUGCACAAGAUCCGACUCUCGGUCUGGUGCACAAAGAAGUGACUUGGCCUCGCUGGUGCCAGUUCACUGCCCGUUUCAAUGAUAUCACGGAAAACGAAGUUUCGGGACGAUAUCAUUACGGAGAGAUCCGACUGACCCGACUAAACUAUUACGCGCCCGUUCUCCUUAGGAAAAGCUAUUAUCAACGGGAGAAAUAUCAGUACCGGGCGUACUUCGCUCGAAUCCAAGGCCCCUUGAUUUCUGCAUUCGCAUUUUUCUCGAUCGCCCUGAAUUGUAUGCAGGUCAGCCUCGCAGCCUCCACUUCUGAUGAGAGGUAUUCGAGCGCUUUGUUAUUUGCAGCUUGCUACUGGCUCAGCACUUUGAUCGGAUUUAUGACCGGUGUCCUUAUGCUGAUGAUGGUAUCUCUUUUCUUUUUCAAAGUGAUCAAAGAGUGGAAGUUUGCGAUAGCCCAUCGGCUACGGUGGAAAAAGAAUCCACAGCCCAGACUAGAGGGCCGUGUGUAA